GUUUACUAUUAUACCCUGGGAAAAUCAGAAAUGUCUUUGGCCGUCCCCAUCACCAACUCGCUCACAUUUGUAUUCUCUUUACUGACGGGUCUGAUGCUCGGCGAAAAGUUGCACGGCAAAGACACCUGGUUAGGCAUGGGACUGAUUCUAGCUGGCAUUCUCAUCUGUGUCAGCAGCAAGGCCUAAAAAAAUAAAGAAAUAAAAAAAAAAUUCAGAAGGCUUCUUUUUUUUUUUAUUUCAUUCUUCCCCCUAUUCUUGUUUCCAUGGCAGGAAUAUCCGACGAGGAAUUCCGGGCCAAGCUCGAAGCUCAUUUUGCUGUGUAUCGACUUAAUCUACGUUAUCCAUUGAUCGCCAAUGUGGUUCCCGGCGCUUGGUACCGCGUGGAUCUGAUCCUGGUCAAUGAGCUGGGCUUGUUCCGACGGGCCGACAUGGUUCCCGAUGGCGAGGUGGAAUUGGAUUGCCAACUGUUGGAGCCGGCUUACGAAAGCUUGGCGCCCCUGCAGCAAGAUAAUCAAUGGUGUAUCACGGUACGUCCCGCCAGUCUGUGGGAAAAUGAUCGUAUCGAGGCCGCCCAGGAAGGAACCGUGGCUGGAUUUCACGGAAGCGGAAAAGGUGCCUUUGAAUACAUGAUCCAAGCUAAAAAGGGGUCCACCUCAUCCUCUUCCUUGGUGGGUGGACCACGAUACUUGUGCGUACGAGCCGCACGUUGGAAAAAGUUUGCAUCCCACAUCACCGAUAUCACGAUUCUGCCCCUGGUCCUCGGACCUAUUCAACUCGAUCCAUCCCUGACCCUGGAUACCACGACCCUUACCCAACGGCCUACGGAACAGUGGCCGGAAUUUACAGCCAUGGUCCAUCAAGGAUAUCGUCUCUUUCUACAAGACACAGACAACACAGCAGGCCCAACGAACACGGCGAUAAGGGCGAAUAACGUGGUCAUUGAAGAGUCGUGGGAUGCAGGAAUUCCCGGCAAGAUUUGGGACUCGGCGCUUGUCAUGCUACAACUCGUCGAGCGGCUCGUUUCACAUCAAGCUUAUAAGCUAGUCAACCAGCAUGUCGUUGAUCUGAGUGCAGGUACGGGACUGUUGGGCUUGGCAAUGGCGAGUUUCUGCAGGACACAACAACGUUAUGUACCGUGUCAAGUAACGAUUACAGAACUCGACGAAGCGCUCCCUUUGAUCCAAAAGAAUGUCAGUCUUCAUCACACAUUGAAAGAGAAUGUGUCGGUGAAACCAUUAUUGUGGGGUAACACGGAGCAAGCCAAAGCGUGUGGCAAAGCAGACAUCGUGCUGGCCUCGGAUGUCUUGUAUGAAGCCGAAUUCUUUGAAGAUCUUGUCAAGAGUUUUGUCGAUCUCAGUACACCUCACACACGAAUUUUUAUUGGUUACAAACGUCGAGGAUUCAACGCUGCAGAGGAAACGAGAUUCUGGGAUUUAUGUUCCGUGCACUUCCAUAUAACCCAAUUGCGUCCUCCCACCAAAACAGAUACUGAUGAUGAUGAUGAUGACGACGCCAUCCUUGUUCCAUCCUUGGCUGAAGCUACCGGCGUGCAAAUCUAUCGCCUUUCAAGGAAAUAACGAUCAGAUAGCCAAAAAAAAAAAAAAAAAAAAACGCGCGUGACAAAUGGAUCUGCUUAAAAAAUUGCUCCUUUUUGUUGACCGUUGAUGACUUUCCCAAUCUUGCCCCUUUUGAUAUGUGUACAGAGUUC